AUGGAUGCCGACAGAUGGUGGCCUGGGUUUGUACAGCAGUUCCAAACGGACUACAUCUUUCCUGAAUACGUGCCGUCCCCAAAGUCAAGAAUGCUGAACAGGCGAGUUAAUCGACUCAGUUUUGCGUUGGAAAUAUAUAAGGAAGGGCGACGCCCGGAACUUGAUGAAGUAAUUGAGCUGAAGAGGGACAUUAUUACCCACGCGUACAAAGACAGCCAACUGGCGAACCCCAUGUGGAAACUCUGGAUUCAGGAUGACGAAGAAUUCUUUUCGUCUUGUAGCGAUGUCCCCUCUUCCUCCGGGCAGACGUCGGACGGACUACAGGAAAGAGGCGAAACUGUGUCUAUGCGCGCGAUUUCCUUUGUCUAUCCGGCUUAUCUGCAACUCGUGGUGGUGUUCUCCGAACUUGGUGCUGGGUCAAAGCAGCAGCGGACAGAGAAACGCAUUUGCCUGUAUCUCCUCACUUUGUCGUUGCUUCCUUGCUAUUCCGUGCUGGGAGGCAUCUCUAAUCGCAUUGAAGGAGACGGGAACAGUGGCAACAGAUCGUUAUAA